AUGUGUUUUAUGUGUUUACGCUCAACAGUGAGGUAGACUUACUCGGGCAAAAUUUUACCGGCGUGUCGGCGUGUGAUUUAUCCCGUGGAUGCGGCUGUCGGGGUCGGUGUCUGAGCCCUGCAGGAGCAGCCUGUCAUAGGGCAUCAUGGUUUCUCUGGUUCUUCACAAGUGGAUGAGGAAUAUUUCUCCGGAGAUGCUGCUGUUGGUGCAGAUAUUGUGGUUUUUACCAGUGACUGGAGCGGCUCCUUCCCUGACUACCGAGCAGCUGGACAUGGGGGUGGACUGGCUGAGCAGGUUCGGCUACCUCCCGCCCCCUGACCCAGUGACUGGUCAGCUUCAGACCAAGGAGGCCCUGACCAAGGCCAUCAAAGCCAUGCAGAAGUUUGGAGGGCUGAAGGAGACCGGAGUCUUGGACCAAGCCACACUGGGUCUAAUGAAAACGCCCAGAUGUUCUCUGCCAGAUGUGUCUGAUGCUGAGGUGACAGUGGGCCGGAGGAAACGAAGCCUCACUCCUCAGAACAAGUGGAAUAAGAGGCACCUAUCCUGGAGAGUGAGGACCUUCCCUAAGGAUUCGGCCUUACUGGGCAGGGACACUGUUCGAGCCCUGAUGUACUACGCCUUGAAGGUCUGGAGCGACAUCGCGCCACUUAACUUCCACGAGGUGGCCAGCAGUGAUGCAGACAUUCAAAUCGACUUCACUAAGGCCGACCACAAUGAUGGAUAUCCCUUUGACGGGCCAGGGGGCACCGUGGCACACGCAUUUUUCCCUGGAGAGAGGUUCACAGCUGGGGAUACACACUUUGAUGAUGACGAGUCGUGGACCUUUAGGUCACCAGACUCCCACGGCAUGGACCUGUUUGCAGUUGCAGUCCAUGAGUUCGGUCACGCCAUCGGCCUGGUCCACACCUCAGCCAUGGAGUCCAUCAUGAGACCGUACUACCAGGGUCCUGUAGGAGACCCUCUGAAAUACGACCUACCCUAUGAAGACAAAGUUCGUGUCUGGCAGCUCUACGGUGUUAGAGACUCAGUGUCCCACACAAACCGACCAGUCAACCCCUCCCAGACGGCUGAGCCUCCCGUCCUGCUCGACCUCCCGGAAAACAGAUCCACUGUCCUGCUGGCGCGAGAUGCCCCAGACAGAUGCUCCAGUCACUUUGAUGCAGUGGCCCAGAUACGAGGGGAGGCCUUCUUUUUCAAAGGGAAGUAUUUCUGGCGACUAACUCGAGAGAAGCACCUGGUGUCUCUGCGUCCGGCUCAGAUCCAUCGCUUCUGGAGGGGCCUCCCAACAAAUCUGGACAGUGUGGACGCUGUAUAUGAGAGACCAGGGGACCACAAGAUAGUCUUUUUCAAAGGUCUAAAGUACUGGGUGUUUAAAGACAAUAUCGUGGAGGAAGGUUACCCUCGUCCAAUCAGUGACUUUGGCCUACCCUUGGAAGGCGUAGACGCAGCCUUUGUUUGGCUACACAAUGACAAAACCUACUUCUUCAAGGACAACCGCUACUGGCGCUACGAUGACCACGUGAGGCGAAUGGACCUGGGCUACCCUAAAGACAGCACGCUUUGGAAGGGGCUGCCACCACAGCUGGACGACGCCAUGAGGUGGUCUGAUGGCUCGUCCUAUUUCUUCAAGGGGAAGGAGUACUGGCGAGUGCCGGGCAGUGACAUGGAGGUGGAGCCAGGAUACCCCCGCCUCAUCGCUAAGGACUGGCUGCUGUGCACCGAGAUGCAGUCGGACUCUCCAGACACAGAGCCCAAAAGCACAGAGACGAGAAUCAACGGGCACCUUCACCCAGACCACGCAGAGAAUGGAUAUGAGGUUUGCUCCUGCACCUCUGACACUGCCUCGCCUUUGGGCGUCCGCCCCUCCCCAUCUCCCAUCUGGCUCCUGCCGCCACUCUGGACGCUUUCGCUAACCCUCCACUCUGAACUGCUAUGAUGCCAAAGCAUGGGACAAAGUUCCUGAGCUGAUUGGUGGAGGGCCAGUAGACACCCAGUAAAACCAACGACUGGAAUAUUUUGUUUUAAUUAUAUAAUUUGGUAUCUUUUUGCUCUAAUUUUGCUGUUAUUUAUUUUACAUGCCAUUUGGUCGUCGGAGCCAACUAAUGUAGUCCUUAUAGGCAUCAACCCACUCAUAAUGCUUGACAGAGUUAUUACUGAAUGGUUGAACUGCCUCAUCUCUGCACAAAAAAAGGGUGAGUGAUUAUUUCUCCUUAUGAGCAGCAAAGGUUCACAUACAAGCAGUUGAAAGGCAUCCUGGGUUGUUGGCAGGUGCAAAGGUGAACAACAAUCCAAUACACACAUUGUUGCCUAUUUUAUAG